AAUACAUCCAGACAUAGGAGAAAAUAAAAAAAUGUUAUUGGUGAAUAUAAACAAUGUAGUUAUGGCGUGGUUAAAUGCUUUAAAUUUAUAUAAUUAGGAAGAAAUAUACGUAUUUUAUUUUGGCAAUUUCAAGGCUGCAGCGGGAGCAAUACAUAUAAACAAGGUAUACAAAUAGUCUCGCCUAACUACUUAUUAUGUUCCAUAUAUUAGUGUUCCAUUUCUAAGUUUUAUGUCAAUUGCGUUUUUACUCGGUUUUGGUCCGGAAAUAUGCACCACACCUCCAGGAACAGACUAGCGCACAAGUGAACAGACAAGAUAGGGCCUUCGUCUUUAGGAGAAAAAAAAAAUACCUAUGUAUUUUUUACAUAAUUAUUAGUAGACUUAAAUCAAUCAAAUAAGCCUCUGGAUCACUUUCGAGCGAUGCCCGACCACGCCCACUCACGCUUUCGUCUGGGACAUGAACCCCCUCAGGCAAAUCCUGGCGCCAUCCCUGAAUGAUUGACGAACAGUGAAUGAAUGACGAUAAACGACAGGCUCUGGCAAAACCAUUUGUUGGUAUUAUAUUGUUGAAUUCUAAAUUGAUUGCCUUUUUGUUUGGUUUUUUUUUUUUUUACAUUUCGUAACAUUUCAACUUUCAAUUUUUAUUAAAUUUUGAGUAGGCCUACUUGAGAUAUCAUUAUUAUUUAAUUCAUUGCAUAACAUGUAUAGAGCAUACAGUUUGCCUUUGCGGUAGCGCGCGCGAAAAAGUUUUUGUGCGCUAGAGGGCGUAGUCACAAUAGUCUGCAAAAAAAGAAACUUGAUCGAUUCUUUGACUGAGAACAUCUUGUUAUAUCUAAGUUUUUGAGCAACAUGUGGCCAGGCCAAAUCAACUGUGGUCCUGGAUAUGGGCAGCCCCAAAGGUUGCCAGUUUUUCCUUCUCAGGACCACACACAACAAGGCAUUAUGCUAAUGAACUCGCAGUCUAAAGGAGAUGUUUUUCUAGCUCAGCCUAAUGCUAUGUCACAGAAUGUCAAUAUGCAGACUAGCAAGGAACAAGUAAUAAAAAUUGAGCAUGUUUAUGAGCCCUGUUAUGUCACAUUAUCAAACCCAAGUGGAGACAGUACAUCAGCACGCAUUGCAACACAAGAUGGCUUCACCUUUGAAAUUAUUCCUAAUUCAAGUGUAAGUGAGGUGUCAAGACAUCCAAAUAACCCCCAGCAUAUUCCCCUGCAGUAUCCACAGCAAGGUUCUAUCCCUAGCUCACAGGUACAGCUAGGUCUUAACUCCGGCCAACAGACACACUAUGCUAACUCUAAUCAAGAGGCACAGCAACAUGCUAACUCUAGGCAACAAGUGCAGCAAUGUUCUAACAUCAGCCUACAACUACAGCAAGGUCCUAACUCUAACCUACAAGUACAACAAGGACCUAACUCUGGCUUACAGGCAUCUAAUAGCAGACAAAACAUCCCAAAUAUGGAAGAAACUCCUCAUGUUACCAGUACUUCCAGUCAUUUGGAUAUGUCUUUCACUGGACUGGGAAAAACUCCUUUUGGAAUGGGAAACACUCCAAAUGAAAUGGGUGAUAUGCAGUCUGCUACUCAAAAUUCAAAUUCAGCAUUUAAUGCAAGUAGAUUACAGACAGUUCUAACAUUGCAAUGGCUUAUGGAGAACUAUGAGACAUGUGAGAGCUACUCUGUUCCAAGGUGUGUUGUCUAUGAUCAGUACACUGAUUUCUGUGCUUCCAAUUCCUUCAACCCACUUAAUCCUGCAACAUUUGGAAAGCUUAUCCGGCAAGUUUUCGUCAAUCUUAAGACUCGUCGAUUGGGGAUCAGGGGUCAGUCUAAAUACCACUACUAUGGAAUCCGAGUGAAGCGCACAUCUGAACUCAGCCACAGUGACGAACAUUUCACCUCUGAGCCAAAGUUGCCAAAACACACACUAGUGCCAAGCAACUUAAUGAUUACCGACAUUGACAACACAAUCAAACCAAAUAAGAAUCAGUCCACCAUGGACUCCACCACUGAAGACUCACCGGUUGCAGGACCUGUUGAUCGCAGUCUAUCACCAGUCACAGCUCUUGGACUUGCUCUUAUCCCUCAAUUCCCUAAAGCAUUCAUGUUGAAAUCAUUGCCUUCCAUUGCCAACUUAGACAAGGUGGAUACAUUUCUAACAGAGUACAGAACCCACUGCGAGUACUUAUUGGAAGCCAUAUUAAAGGGGAAAUUUUCAGAGAUAUUUAGUCAAAUGGUGAUCUUCUGGGAGAACUUAAGUGCUGCAAACCUUCAGUUACUUAAAAUGGGAUAUUUGGCAGGAACUAUAAAGUUCUGUGACAUCCUUCUCUACAAGACAAUUAUUAGCAUCUUGAUUCCUGGCACAACACUAGAAGUGCCUCAAAGCCUUCUAAAAGCAGUUAGAAUCUUUGCUAAAGACUUCCGCAGCAAACUUAGUAAACACAUACAGGAGCUGCCAACGAAGGUCUUUGAGGCUAAGAAUGAAGCUGCAACAAGUUUUGUGAAAUUAUUGGUCAGAAAAACAACUCUUUCCCAUAUUGCUCAGGCUACAAGAGCUAUCCUGAAAAAUUCCAGGGCAGUGAAAAUGAUGCGAGCAGACUGGCGAGAAAAAACUGACCUGGAAAAUCUAAGAAGAAAAAUAGAGUGGUUAAUAGUAGAUGUACAUAUAGAUGAGGAUAGGCCUGAUUUGUAUAGAUGUAAGGUUAUCUAGUAGUUAAGCUAGGAAAUGUUGCUCUUUAAUGUAUAAUGAAGUUGGACACUAAUAUAAUAAUCAUGUUUCUGUUGUUUUUAUUAUCUUAUCUUCAAUGUAUUGUUUCUAUUUUCAACAGGUUUUGUUAUUUAUUUAUAUAAUUUUUUUUCUAUUUUAAUUCUAAUAUUAUUCUCCUUCAAGCUUGGUCCUGUGUAUUUUUCUUUGCUUGAAGAAAUUAAAACCACCUUAACCAUAGUAUAGAGUAUUAGAUCAUUGACUUGUUUUCAAAUGCCUGAUAGUUUUUUUCCAACUUACAGUUUUGUUCUAAAUCAGUUUUUUAUGGGUGUGUGGUGGGUUUUUAUAAG